CAGGAGGCGGAGCGGGCCGGGCUGAGGCGGGGGCUGCGGCGAGGGGGACCCGGCAGCGCCGAGUCAAGCGGGGCCGAGCCAGAUAUGAACAAUGACCAUAGUUAACAAGCCAAAAUCUUCAAAAUCUAAAAAGUCAUCAUCCAGACGGUCUGGCAAAUCAAAGAAACCCCGUACUAAAAAAAUGAAGUCACGCACCGCAAAUUGGGGUCGGGUACCACCUACAGAAGAUCCAAACCAAGUCUCUGUGGACCAAGGACCUGGAGGUGCUAUUUAUUGUCGAUCAUCUGAAAAAUCUAAACCUUUUGCCCAAAGAGAUUUAGUCAUUAAUGACGGAAUUGCUCCACCACAAAGGAUUCUUUUUCCACCUGAGAAGAUUUGUAUGGAUUGGCAGCAAACACAAAGUGUUGGAGUUGGACUCUACAACCUUGGCAAUACAUGUUUUCUCAAUUCUGCUUUACAGUGUUUGACUUACACACCCCCUCUUGCAAAUUACAUGCUUUCUCUUGAACACACUCAGUCAUGUCGUGAACAAGGCUUUUGCAUGAUGUGCACGAUGGAAACUCACAUUAACCAGGUCUUGUGUUGCUCUAAUGAUGCCAUCAAACCUACACCUGUCAUCAACGACCUUAGACGAAUAGGAAAACAUUUCCGUUUCGGCAGUCAGGAAGACGCACAUGAAUUCUUACGCUACACCGUUGAUGCUAUGCAGAAGGCUUGUUUGAAUGGAAGUACCAAAUUAGACAGAUCUUCUCAAGCUACCACAGUCAUUCAUCAAAUAUUUGGCGGAUUUCUAAGAUCCAGAGUAAAGUGCUUGAACUGCAAAGCAGUUUCGGAUACCUACGAGGCAUUCCUUGAUAUUACUUUGGAUAUAAAGGCAGCUUCAUCUGUCACCAGGGCUCUAGAACAAUUUGUGAAACCUGAACAGCUGGAUGGUGAAAAUUGCUAUAAAUGUAGCAAGUGUAAAAAGAUGGUUCCUGCAUCAAAGAGAUUUACUAUACAUCGUUCUUCCAAUGUUCUCACAAUAUCCCUGAAAAGAUUUGCAAAUUUCACUGGUGGAAAGAUCAACAAGGAGGUAAAAUAUCCUGAAUAUUUGGAUCUUCGAGCUUAUAUGUCUCAGUCAAUUGGAGAACCACUGCUCUAUGCCUUAUAUGCAGUCCUAGUACAUAGCGGUGUUAACUGUCAUGCAGGACACUAUUUCUGCUACAUAAAGGCUGGUAAUGGACUUUGGUACCAGAUGAAUGAUGCCUCUGUAGUCCUUUGUGACAUUAAAACAGUUCUCAGUCAGCAAGCUUAUUUGCUUUUUUAUAUCAGGCGCUAUGAUUUGACACUUGGAGAACGUGCUUUUUACUUACCAGCGCCGUCUUACCCCCGUUCAUUCCUUGGUCAGCGGGGGGCUAAUAAUAAGCAGACUGGAUUUAUGGGACCACGGCUUCCUCCUCACAUGAUUAAGAAUUCAAGUCGGUUAAAUGGAAAUGGAUCUCUAAAAGAGGAUCCCAAUACCAUUGGUGUCACUCUGAAAAGGCCAUCUUCAGCUCCACCAACAGCUUGCGUUCAAAACUGGGCAAUUACCAGGCCUUCGAUUACUGAUCCCUCAAAAAAACAGAAGAUCACUAUCAGUAUUCAUAAUAAAUUGCCUGCACGUCAGACUGUGUCUCAGCCUGACUCUCUUAGCAGUGCUGUGGAGGAUGAGGAUCUAAGCAAGCCUGUUCCUUCAUCCACAAUUACAAAUUCUUCUGCAGCAGAGUCUACCUCAAAUGCAUCUACAAUGUCAGUUGCUACUAAUGUUUCCAAACAAGAAGUUCCUGAUGAAAUUUUUGUCGAGCCAGCAGUGAAUGGAAAUCCUAAACUCAGCUCUGAUAACACAGUCCCUUACGGUGCAGAAUCUUCAGGAAAAUCUGAGGAGGAGUCGAAGGGCUUAUUUAAAAGGAAUUGCAACGUAGUAUCUUCUAAUGGAAUUUUGAUUGGAAAGGUAGUCCGUACAUUGCAGAAUUCCCAUUCUUCCUGUCAGAAUGCUGAAGAAGAAAGAUCCCAGCAUGAGCUGCCAAAAAAUGAUUCAUUAAAUGGUGCUAUUAGUUUAGAUAAUGAAUCUAAAGAAAAUGGACUGAAACUUGAUGAUUCCACUUGCCAAGUACAACCUGUUAAACCUUCAGAGAUUUUCUUUUCUAAAACAAAUGGAUUGCUUGAAACAAUGCCUAUAGCUUUGCCUCCAGUCCCUCAAGAAAUAAUCUUAGAAUCCCUCACAUACAGCCAGUUGAACAGCUUGUCAGAGGAAAUAAGUGUCCCUGGACCUCAAAAAUCUUCUGAGAAUGAUGCUCUUAUGGAAACUGUAGUGAUGGAAGCACUGUUUGUCUAUGAAGAAUCCAGGAAGGUUCCUUCUGACUUUAGCUGUGAGGUCGAGAAUCUUUUUGUUCAAUCAGAUUCUGAAACCGUUUCUACCAAAGAAGAAGUUGCUGAAAGUAUUGUAACAAAAGCUGAUAAUGCACAUCCCAAUAUCAACGGCCAGCACAAGGUCAGGAAAAGAUCCUUGGAUGCUGAAGAUGAAUUCCUUGGGCAGUGUGUGUCUGAAGACAGUGCAGACAAAGACAAACCAAGAAGAUCUAAAGAAUCUGAACUCAUUUCAAAAGAAAAUCCUUUGUACAUCAAAGGGUCUCCUGAGACUGAAGAGAAAUUAGGACAAACUUCCUCUAUAAAGUCUGACAUUGAAUGUAGUUCUAAAAAACUUGCAUCUCUAGAUAUUACAGAUAAAUGCCAAGAUACAAAAGACAUUUCUAAUAACUAUAUAGAAGUACCGCCUGUUAAUGACUCUUCAAUUACAAAGCUGGAUAAAGUUCUGGAGAGUCAAUUUUCUCGAGAAAGUGAGGGACUGAAUAAUAAAAAAUGUGAAGAAUACAAGCAUAGGAAAAAAUAUAAGAAAAAAAUAUAUGACUCUAAAAAAUCUGACAAAGAGCACUACCGAAGAAAGAGAGAACACUCUGAUGCUGAAGAGAGGGAGAAGCAAAACAGAAGCAAAACAGAUGGUCAUUCUCACAAGAGGAGGUGCCCUCGCAGUGUGGAAACAAAUAAGCAAAAUCGCCAUAAGCAGGAGUAUUGCAAUGGAAGCAAGUACAGAUCUUCGCAUAAUGAAAGAAACAGCCCUGAUAAUGGCAGAAGCUCAGGAAAAUAUGCUCGCUACAGAUCCCGAAGCAGAGGGAGAACAGAACAGGACAGGAAUAGGUAUUACCAUUCCAAAGGAGAGCGAACUUGGAGCAGAGACAGAUACUAUCAGGAUGAACCACGGAGAUGGGAAAAAUGUAGAUACUACAACGAUUACUAUUCCUCUCAUGCACCAAGAGAUGGUAGAGAGAGAAAGUUCUCUCAUUGUGAUAAAGACUUUGACAAAUCAAGUCAAGCUUACAACAACAGGUCACAUAAGGAUUAUCAUUACAAAAGCAGAUGGCUUCACAAUUCACUCUCUCGAGAAGAAGAUGUGCAUCACUUUAGCAGUCACAGAGCAGAGUCGCAUCAUUGUUCAGUACCUCAGCAGCAAUCCGAAAAAUAUUCUCGUGAAAGACAUACACUUCCACCUAUGUCAGUUCAUUCAAAUUUUGAGGACUCCUCCCAGAAUGAUGAAAAAGAAGGAAACAGAAAAAGAAGAUACUCUCGUGCAGAGGGGAGUGAAAGCGAAAUAGAAAAGAAACGCAGAAAAAUAGAGAAAGAGCUUUCAGGUGAUCAAAAAUUGAAAAAAUACAAGAAGGUCAAGAAGAAAAAGAAGUCCAAAGAUAAACAUCGAGAGAAGGAUUACAAACUUUAUGAUUUGGAUUUCUCUGUGCUCCACUUUGACAAUGACAAUCGCAAACGUAAGAAAAAGAAGAAGAAGAAGAAACACAUCAGGAAACUGAAAGGCUUCUUGGAAUAUUUAGAUCCUCGUUUCCAGAAAAAAACACGGGAGAAGAAGGAAGAAUCUCGUCCUCCAGAUGACUAUUUAUGUGAGCAAUACAGAAACCAGGACAGUAAACAACUCUACAAGGAAGGGAAGCCUUCCAGUGCUGGUGAAAGCAAGAAAUACAGUUCCGUCACAUCCAACGAGUAUAUGAAAGAUGCGGAGUUUACUGAUGGAAGCCUUCAAUACUCAAACUAAACCUACCAUCAAAGCCAACAGCUUAUUUACCAUCAAAGCCAACAGCUUAUUUACCAUCAAAACCAACAAAUAAACAUCAUCAAAACAAUACUAACCAUCAAAACAUAAAAAUUAUCAGAACAGUAAAUUUCCCAUCAAAACAAAACCCAAUCAUAAGUGGUGCUUCAGAUUUCUGUACAGAAUUUUACCAUGAAAGAACUUUUUUUUAGUUUUUAACUUGAGACUUUCUUUUUUUAAAAUAUACUUGUAAUCCAAAAGGGUGGAAACUUUCUACAACUGCUGAACAUUGUAAAUUACCAUGUAAAUAUCUCACUGAAAAUAAUGCCCUGGAAUAGAACAUCUCAAAUGCUGCUUAAUUACAGACUCAGGUUGAUUGUGUGUUAUUCAUGUAAUGUUACUCCAAGUUAGACAUCUGGUGCAAGAGAGACCAGGAAACCACGGAAUUAUAAAAAUUGCAACUGACAGUCUGUAUAUUUAAUUUAAAGACUUAUUUAAAAUUUCACAAGCUCUCAAAUAACUAGAAUUUUGCAAGAGCUUCAUCUUUUUUCUGUGAUGUCUGACACUAGAAACUAAUUUACUUCACAUUUUUAGUUACAUUCAAAAUCUGAAGAAAAUGGUCUGGUUUUCAACAGUGUGAAACAUACUGAUCAGAAUAUACUGUUCUGAAUGUAUCUCAGACUCUUUGUAUACUCUCCCAUAUGUUUUUAUUACUUUUUUUUUUAUAUAGUGUCACUUGUCUUGACUUAGUCUCAGUUGUCUGUUUUGUCCCUCUAAAGUUUCUAGUUACAGACAAAUUCGUACUGUGAUUUUUAUUUUUAUUAUUAAAUGCUAUCAAACUGUGAUGCACUUAUUAUUCACUGGUCCUGCAUCAGGAGAUGAGUGGGGAACCUGUAUUAAAUACAGUUCAUCUGAAUAAUCUGUCUGGUUUAUACAAGCUGUGUUGUUCAGAGAUGUCUAAAGUUUGAUCUUUGUUUUUUUAAAGAUAAAAAGCACUUGCCCCACUGUAAAUAUAUAGCAUGUAAAAUUUAUAUAGUAUAUAAAUACAGCAAAGUUAAAAUGGAUUUUACUUGAGUUUUACUUGAGUUAUUUAACAUGCAAUAUGUCAUGUGAAUUGACAGCUUUCAGAGUGUGUUUGAUAAUCAAGAAAUCAGCUCUUCCUUUCAGUCGUAGGUGAGAAGAUGCUGUUGGUGUGACCCAGAGAAGAUAAGUAAACUUGGGACGUCAGCUGCCUAGACAAGAAUGCAGAAGUCUUUCUCCUUUGAAGUUAAAAGCUUCCAAAAAGGUUGAAAGCUCAGCUGUAGCUUUCCACUGUGUGUGACACUAAGAAAGGAGCAAGGUUAAUGUCUUACUAACUACUUCAAGUAAUAUUUUGGUACAUGGAGAACACCGUAAAGCCAAACCAUAAGUGUACCCUGCAUAAUGUUCCUAUGGCAACAGUUAUGUGACGUUACAUAAAGUAACAUGACAAAGAAAACGCACACU